AUGGCACCUCCUGCGGCAGACAUUGACCUUGCUCCUGCUGCGCCCCUCACCGCACCAGUUACAAAGACAGUCACAUCAAACAAAUUGACUGAACCGUUAAAGUACUCUGGCUCUCUUGACGAAUUCAAGUCAUUUGAGGUGACAAAUGUCAUCGGAAGAGAAUACCCGGAGCUUCAGCUCGUCGAUAUCUUGAGCGAUGACAACAAGAUUCGUGACCUUGCUAUCACAGUAUCGCAACGUGGUGUCGUCUUCUUUCGCAACCAGACCCUCAAUAUUGAGGAUCAAAAGAUUCUCGGCCAGAAACUAGGAGAGCUGACUGGAAAGCCGGAUAGUUCCAAGGCAUGCCAUUUGACAAAAGUGAUUAAGCGUGGAAUUGCUGUUGAUGAGAACGGGAAGCUUGACGAUGAAGUAUCUGUCAUCUCAUCAGAAACGAGUAAGCAAAACCGGAAAUUCUAUAAAGAUCGCUUCUCUGCCGGGUCCAAGAAAUUAGCCAGUGAAGGCUGGCACGCGGACAUUACCUUUGAACGAAUCCCAUCGGAUUAUGCGAUCCUCAAGAUCAUCCAGAAACCUGACGACGCUGGAGGUGACACGCUUUGGGCAUCUGGGUAUGAGGCGUAUGACCGGCUAUCCCCAGAGUUCCAAAAAAUUGCAGAUGGAUUGACAGCUACGCAUUAUCAACCAGCUUUUGUCAAGGUAGCCAAAGAGUUUGGGGAGGAGCUGAUCGAAAAGGAGCGCGGGUCACCUGAGAACACAGGUCUUGACUUCACAGCGUCUCAUCCUGUUGUUCGCACAAAUCCGGUUACUGGAUGGAAGAGUCUUUUCGCCGCAGCUCACCAGGUCCAGCAUGGGUGGAUUGAUAACGUGACACCGAGAGAAAGCGAGAUCCUGAAAACUUACUUUCUCCAGCUCAUCACUGAAAAUCAUGACCUUCAAGUUCGCUUUCGUUGGGGUAAGAACGACAUUGCUAUCUGGGACAACCGCAGUGUCUUCCACACUGCCACAACUGAUUAUUCAGGCAAGAGAAAAGGCAAUCGUGUGGUGUCGCUAGGUGAAAAGCCUUACUUCGAUCCUAAAUCGGUGUCGCGUCGACAGGCUCUUGCGAAUACUGCUGAAACAUAG